GAUUGUUGAUAUGGAUGUCCUCGUGUCUUAUCUGUAGGAUACGUCUCUGGCUGAGGUAAAUUCAUUCAGUCCUUCAGUGCCAAUAUCCCCCUCAUCAAUGAUAAACCAGUAUAAAUUUGAAGAUGGGCCAGAAUUAAGAGAUCUCUUCAUUACAGUCGAUGAUCCUGAAAGCCACAUUACAGCCAUCGAAACAUUUAUUACAUACAGAGUAGUCACAAAGACAACCCGUGGUGAAUUUGACUCCAGUGAAUAUGAAGUUCGAAGACGAUAUCAGGAUUUCCUUUGGUUGAAGAGCAGACUUGAAGAAGCACAUCCAACACUGAUUAUUCCUCCAUUGCCAGAAAAAUUCAUAAUGAAGGGAAUGGUGGAACGAUUUAGUGAUGAAUUCAUUGAGACUCGAAGAAAAGCUUUACAUAAAUUUUUGAACCGGAUUGCUGAUCAUCCAACUUUAACUUUUAAUGAGGACUUCAAAAUUUUUCUUACUGCACAAGCCUGGGAACUCUCCUCACACAAGAAGCAGGGUCCUGGUUUGCUGAGCAGGAUGGGACAGACCGUCAGAGCUGUAGCAUCCUCAGUAAGAGGAGCAGUUAAAAAUCGCCCUGAAAUGUUUACAGAAAUGAACAAUUACAUGGAAACAUUUAGUCAGAAAAUAAACUUACUAGAUAAAAUAGCUCAUAGGAUUUACAAGGAAGAAAGGGACUAUUUUAAUGAAAUGAAGGAGUACGGCCCCAUCCACACACUGUGGUCAGCUUCAGAAGAAGACAUAGCAGACUCCCUGAAGGGCAUUGCCAGCUGCAUCGACCGCUGCUGCAGGGCUACAGAGAAGCGAAUGGCAGGGCUCUCAGAGCACCUGCUGCCCAUUUUACAUGAAUACGUUCUCUACAGUGAAAUUCUCAUGGGUGUUUUGAAAAGGAGAGACCAAAUUCAAGGCGAGUUGGAUUCCAAAGUUGAUGCUUUAGCCAGUAAAAAGACAGAAAAGGAUCAGUUCUCAGAAGAGAUUGGGAAACUUGAAGACAAAGUUGAACGUGCCAAUAAUGCUCUGAAAGCAGAUUGGGACAGGUGGAAGCAGAACAUGCAGUGGGAUAUGAGAUCGACAUUCAUUAAUGUGGCUGAGAAUAAUCUCCGUUAUUACGAAGAGUGCCUUGCUACAUGGGAGUCCUUCCUGACAUCUCAAACAGUGGAUCUUCAUGUGGAUGAGGAUUCUGAAGACAGGCCUUGAGUAAUAUCUUUGCUUGAUCACUGCCUUUUCCAUGCAGUUUCUCCCAACCAAAGUGCUUUAUAUGAGAUCGGAUACAUUAUUAAACUUAAUUGUCAAAAUCAGUGAAAUGCAAGAAACCAGCUUAUUGAACACUCAGGUAUUCUAGCCCUGAAAUACAUUUUGAAACGUGCUAUAUAUUGCUUUAUAUUGCUUAGCUCUGAUUUUACAUAUUUUUAUGCAUUUGCAUAUAAUUGUUUUCAUAAAUAUUGUGUAAUUUUGAUAUGAAGUAUUUUAAAUAUGUAAAAAUAGCUCCAUUUUAAUAAAAAGUUGAAUAA